AUGUCCAUAUCCCUGGACUCUGUGGAGGAGGUGAGGGACAGGAGGCCCCUGGACUCUGUGGAGGAGGUGAGGGACAGGAGGCCCCUGGACUCUGUGGAGGAGGUGAGGGACAGGAGGCCCCUGGACUCUGUGGAGGAGGUGAGGGACAGGAGGCCCCUGGACUCUGUGGAGGAGGCGAGGGACAGGAGGCCCCUGGACUCUGUGGAGGAGGUGAGGAACAGGAGGCCCCUGGACUUUGUGGAGGAGGUGAGGGACAGGAGGCCCCUGGACUCUGUGGAGGAGGUGAGGGACAGGAGGCCCCUGGACUCUGUGGAGGAGGUGAGGGACAGGAGGCCCCUGGACUCUGUGGAGGAGGUGAGGGACAGGAGGCCCCUGGACUCUGUGGAGGAGGUGAGGGACAGGAGGCCCCUGGACUCUGUGGAGGAGGUGAGGAACAGGAGGCCCCUGGACUUUGUGGAGGAGGUGAGGGACAGGAGGCCCCUGGACUCUGUGGAGGAGGUGAGGGACAGGAGGCCCCUGGACUCUGUGGAGGAGGUGAGGGACAGGAGGCCCCUGGACUCUGUGGAGGAGGUGAGGGACAGGAGGCCCCUGGACUCUGUGGAGGAGGUGAGGGACAGGAGGCCCCUGGACUCUGUGGAGGAGGUGAGGGACAGGAGGCCCCUGGACUCUGUGGAGGAGGUGAGGGACAGGAGGCCCCUGGACUCUGUGGAGGAGGUGAGGGACAGGAGGCCCCUGGACUCUGUGGAGGAGGUGAGGGACAGGAGGCCCCUGGACUCUGUGGAGGAGGUGAGGGACAGGAGGCCCCUGGACUCUGUGGAGGAGGUGAGGGACAGGAGGCCCCUGGACUCUGUGGAGGAGGUGAGGGACAGGAGGCCCCUGGACUCUGUGGAGGAGGUGAGGGACAGGAGGCCCCUGGACUCUGUGGAGGAGGUGAGGGACAGGAGGCCCCUGGACUCUGUGGAGGAGGUGAGGGACAGGAGGCCCCUGGACUCUGUGGAGGAAGUGAGGGACAGGAGGCCCCUGGACUCUGUGGAGGAGGUGAGGGACAGGAGGCCCCUGGACUCUGUGGAGGAGGUGAGGGACAGGAGGCCCCUGGACUCUGUGGAGGAGGUGAGGAACAGGAGGCCCCUGGACUUUGUGGAGGAGGUGAGGGACAGGAGGCCCCUGGACUCUGUGGAGGAGGUGAGGGACAGGAGGCCCCUGGACUCUGUGGAGGAGGUGAGGGACAGGAGGCCCCUGGACUCUGUGGAGGAGGUGAGGGACAGGAGGCCCCUGGACUCUGUGGAGGAGGUGAGGGACAGGAGGCCCCUGGACUCUGUGGAGGAGGUGAGGGACAGGAGGCCCCUGGACUCUGUGGAGGAGGUGAGGGACAGGAGGCCCCUGGACUCUGUGGAGGAGGUGAGGGACAGGAGGCCCCUGGACUCUGUGGAGGAGGUGAGGGACAGGAGGCCCCUGGACUCUGUGGAGGAGGUGAGGGACAGGAGGCCCCUGGACUCUGUGGAGGAGGUGAGGGACAGGAGGCCCCUGGACUCUGUGGAGGAGGUGAGGGACAGGAGGCCCCUGGACUCUGUGGAGGAGGUGAGGGACAGGAGGCCCCUGGACUCUGUGGAGGAGGUGAGGGACAGGAGGCCCCUGGACUCUGUGGAGGAGGUGAGGGACAGGAGGCCCCUGGACUCUGUGGAGGAAGUGAGGGACAGGAGGCCCCUGGACUCUGUGGAGGAGGUGAGGGACAGGAGGCCCCUGGACUCUGUGGAGGAGGUGAGGGACAGGAGGCCCCUGGACUCUGUGGAGGAGGCCUUUGUCGCCCUCUCUCUGCUGCUCUGGUUACUACAGUGCACCUCACAGCUGGUGAUCAUCAAGAGUAAAAUGUCCUAA